AGUGAAAAUCAUGAAGUAAUAACAAAAAAAAAAAAAAAAUUAUAAUAAAAUAAAUAAAUAAAUAAUUUAUAUAAAUCCGGGCAAAGAUGUUAUAAAAUACUCUUGAAGUUCGAUUCGUAAUCGCUAUCGCUAUCGCACGGCUAUUUCAUCAUAAACAAUUGCCUUGGAAUUCCAGGAACAUUAAUAGAGAUAGAGAUUUGCGUACAUUUUUACAAACAUACAUAUAAGUGUUUAUUUUGUUAUGCUAUGUUUUGUUUUUAAAGAAACAAAUUUCAAAAGAAAUAAUAAAGAAACGUAUUAAUCGCGUUUUGUGUCGUCAAUUAAUAAACGUUAAGACUAAGCGAGCUUUUUAAAUAAGUCAGCGCAUCAGUUAAAGUCAGCUUGCUGCCCUUUCACUUUUCGACACGUGACAUUUGUAAUAAAAAACCCGAAAAUUUCGCGUUUCAUUAUAUCAAAUGUUGGCGACGGUGAUACUCGCUGCUGGUGAUUUCUUUUGAUAACAAUUUCCUAAACGCAAUUUACCCGCCCUCCUCUCCAACAACAUCCAAAAUUCCGUAGUCAUGUUCAGUUCCUUGCUAAUGCGUGGCUGCUUUUAAUUUCAAGCGAAAAAAUGAAUAAAAAAUAAAGAAAUUAAAGGGAAUAAAAUGUUUUGCUUACAACACAGCAUCUUACAAAUGAAUCGCUUUGAUUGAUGAUCACAUUACUACAUCACAUAAAGAGUCUCAUAGCGAAGCCAACGGAAUCGCAGAGGAAAAGAAAAUAUAUGUAUAAAUUAUUCUGAAAAGGUGCGUGCAGUGGACACUUAUGGCUUAAGUGUAAAUCCAUAAAAUCGAUUUUACACAAGGGCAUACCUAACUAAUGUGUCAUCUUUAGAGCAUAAUGAUAUAAAAUUGACUGUAUCAACGUAAAAUUUAUCCAUCACACGGACAAUUUUAAGUAAAAUCCUAAAUUAUCGCCAAAUGAUUGUUUAAAGAACUGGAACGUGUGCACAUGUUGGCCUGUUGACCAUUAUUGGCUCUACCCACGCUCGACGUCAAAAAUUGUAAAUCAUUAUUAAAAUAAAAAAAAAUAAAAAAAAAAAUAUUUUUACAAUUUCUUAAUCAAUUUCAAGGGCAAAAGUAUAAAUUGAAAAAUUAAAAAUAAAAGUAUCCGUGGAUAUAUCAAAGAAAAAGGAAGAGGAAGAAGAGGAGUAGAGGAGAACGUCAUAUAUUUUUAAACCUCAAAAUCUAACUAACUAUGAAUUUACGUUUUAACGGGCAUAACGAUGAUGAAUGUGACAAUUCAAUAUCAUCACAAAAUGCAUUGCAUUCCGAGAUAUACGCUACUGCUGGUGGCAGCAGAGGCAACAACGGUAUAUCAUCAGCAUUACCGCAACAGACGCAAAUGAAAAUUAAAACAUCACUAACAUCGUUGUCAGCAACGAUAGCAAAUAGUUGUUAUUUGGUUAGUGUCAGUCCUAGAAUUAGCGAUAGUGGCACCUGCCUAAUAAAGAAAUCCUAUAAACGAAAAUCACAAAAAUGGUACGCCUGUGACCAAGUAAGCGGCCGUCAACACCUCCUCAACUCCACAAUAGAUUGUGAGAGUUUACAAAAUGUAGUUAAAUAUACCAGAAUAAAUAGCAAAAAUUUUUGUACAUAUUUCCUAGUAACGUUAGUCAUUUUAAGCUGCUGUCCGUUGGCCAGUGUACUGGCUAUACUGCAUAAUAAUAAUUAUGAUGGAAUAAGCCAGCCCGUAAAUGCAUUAGAGAGGGAGUAUGAGAAAACCGCUAAAGCCACUACUACUGCCAACACUGCCACCAUAGCCAGCACCAGCAUUACCAACCCUACCACAGCUGCUACUGCCGCCGCCACCACCACCACUAGCACCACCACCACCACCACCACCACCACCACCACCACCACUACGACCACCAUCGCUACCAACCGUUCUACCACUAUAAAAGCCAUCCAUAAUAACACCAAUGCUACCACAAUUAGUCAAAGCGUAAAUAAUAACGAAGCAAAACGUAACGGCAGUACAAAUAGUUCAAGCAAGAACAGUAGUAGUGUUAGCAUUAAUUACAGCAACAACGAUCAGCAUAUUUCAAACAAUAUAUGGAAUGGUUUGAGCACUAACAACACGGGCGUUAGCCGCACUAGCAAAAAUAUCACAACUGCUGUUAAACUAAUUUUAAAUGACUACAGUGAGGCCUUUUCGCAAAUCAUUAAUGAAGAACUAGAACUGCUGCAACAGCAGCAACCCCAUGAACCAUCAUUUCAUAAUAAUAUAACACGACGAAAAACCUACAACAACAACAACAAUAACAACAGCAACAGCAACAACAAGAGUAAAAAAAAUGAAAACAGCAAUGUAAACCAUAAUAACAAAAGUAGUAGCAGCAGCGAAACGAGUAACUAUAGUAGCAGCAAUAGUAUAAAAUUUGGUACUGAUACCGGCAAUUUACAAAAUUCUCAAUCCAACGCUAGUAAAAAUUAUGAUGCUGGCGAUGAGUUUAAUUUGCACGACGAACUGCUGGAUAGCUUUCGUAGCAGUCAUAGUUUACCGCACAAGCCCUACUAUACCAAUGAAUUUGCCGUACAUAUACCAGCCGGCCAUGACAUGGCCAAUAUUAUUGCGCAAAAAUAUGGCUUCACUAAUAUGGGUCAGGUUGGUUCUUUAAAGGAUUAUUAUCUCUUUCAUAAUAAACGUAUAACAAAGCGUUCUUUGAGAUUUAAUAACGAACACCAUAGCGCCUUAAAAUCAGAACCCGAGGUACGAUGGCUGCAACAACUGCAUGAGAAAAUACGACGCAAACGUGAUGGUCCUUUUAGCGCUUUACCUGGCUAUGCGCCGUAUGAUGUUAUACGCUCAUCAACAGGGUUUGGUGUUAGUUUAACAUCACCUCGCUUAGCCUAUACACCUAGCGCAGUUUAUCAUCCCCUGGUACCGCGCGCACCCCGCAUACAAUAUCGUGAUGCUGGCACGCGCAGCAUAUUCCCGGAUCCUUUGUUCAAAGAGCAGUGGUACUUGAACGGUGGCGCCAAAGAUGGUUUGGAUAUGAAUAUUGAACCGGCUUGGCAGAAAGGUUACACGGGCAAGGGUGUCGUUGUUUCAAUAUUGGACGAUGGCAUACAAACAAAUCAUCCUGACCUUGCUCAAAACUAUGACCCUGAUGCUUCGUUCGAUAUUAACGGUAACGACUCGGAUCCAACGCCGCAGGAUAAUGGUGAUAAUAAGCAUGGUACCCGAUGUGCCGGUGAAGUGGCAGCCGUGGCUUUCAAUAAUUACUGCGGCGUCGGUGUGGCUUACAAUGCCAGCGUUGGGGGUGUACGAAUGUUGGAUGGUAAAGUGAAUGAUGUGGUUGAAGCGCAAGCUUUAAGCUUAAAUCCUUCACACAUUGACAUCUACAGUGCUUCAUGGGGUCCCGAGGAUGAUGGUUCAACGGUCGAUGGUCCUGGCCCUUUGGCACGUCGCGCCUUUAUUUAUGGUGUAACGAGCGGUCGGCAGGGUAAAGGUUCAAUAUUUGUUUGGGCAUCCGGCAAUGGCGGUCGUUAUACAGACUCAUGCAAUUGCGAUGGCUACACAAACUCUAUAUUUACUCUAUCCAUAUCAAGUGCAACACAAGGCGGAUUUAAACCGUGGUAUUUGGAGGAAUGUUCUUCAACAUUAGCUACCACUUAUAGUUCGGGUACACCUGGGCAUGAUAAAAGCGUGGCUACAGUUGACAUGGAUGGUCGAUUAAGGCCGGAUCAUAUCUGCACGGUAGAGCAUACAGGCACUUCGGCAUCGGCCCCAUUGGCUGCAGGUAUUUGUGCUUUGGCUUUGGAAGCCAAUCCUAAUCUGACAUGGCGUGAUAUGCAAUAUCUUGUCGUUUAUACGUCGCGGCCAACUCCUUUGGAAAAGGAAAGUGGUUGGAUGUUGAACGGUGUUAAACGCAAAUACAGUCAUAAAUUUGGUUAUGGCCUUAUGGAUGCUGGAGCUAUGGUUUCAUUGGCCGAACAAUGGACAUCGGUACCACCUCAGCAUAUAUGCAAAUCGCGUGAAAAUAACGAAGAUCGCAAAAUCGAGGGCACAUAUGGUUAUACCUUAGCGACGCAUAUGGAUGUGAACGGCUGCGCAGGGACUAUAAACGAGGUCCGUUAUCUUGAGCAUGUGCAGUGUAGAAUCACAUUGCGAUUCUUUCCACGCGGCAAUCUAAGAAUUCUCUUAACCUCUCCAAUGGGUACUACUAGUACUUUGUUGUUUGAGAGGCCUCGAGACAUUGUGAAGUCAAAUUUCGACGAUUGGCCUUUCUUAAGUGUACAUUUCUGGGGCGAGAAGGCUGAAGGAAGAUGGACUUUACAGAUCAUUAAUGGCGGUCGCAGGCGAGUUAAUCAACCCGGUAUUCUAUCCAAAUGGCAGUUAAUAUUCUAUGGCACCGCCAUACAGCCAUUACGUUUGAAAAAUGAUUUAAUUAAUCAGCAAUUGCGGGGUUCGGCUAAUCCUUAUGCUUUUCCUACCGAAUCGGAUUUAACUCAAUCGGCGGGUGAUGGUGGAUACUUUAAUAUGGAUCCCAUUAAUGGGGUAUUAAGUUUUCAAAAUCUGUUCACCGGCGCUGCUUCGAAUCCAGAAAAAGCUAUAGCUACUGUCGAUGGUCACAAUAUUCCGACACCGCAGCGGCAAAAUGUUAUGGCUGAUUCGAAUAAUAAAUUGGUUUUACAUGACUGCGAUCCUGAGUGCGAUUCACAGGGCUGUUAUGGUCGAGGACCGACACAGUGCGUGGCUUGUAAACAUUAUCGUUUGGACAACACUUGUGUAAGUCGUUGUCCACCGCGGUCUUUCCCCAAUCAAGGGGGUGUUUGUUGGCCUUGCCAUGAAUCUUGUGAAACUUGUGCCGGUGCCGGUCAAGACAGUUGCUUAACUUGUGCUCCAGCUCAUUUGCAUGUCACCGAUUUGGCGGUUUGUUUGCAAGUCUGCCCGGAAGGUUAUUACGAAAAUUAUGAUAAUAAAACUUGUGUACCGUGCGAAGCGAACUGUGCCUCAUGUCAGGAUCGUCCUGAUUAUUGUACCAGUUGCGAACAUCAUUUGGUUAUGCACGAACACAAGUGUUUCUCAUCAUGCCCCUUACACACCUACGAAACCGAAGAUUACAACUGUGCUUCAUGUCAUUCAUCUUGUGCCACUUGCAAUGGUUCCGCGGAAUCACAAUGCAUCACAUGCCGUUCCGGUCGUUUUGCCCACGAUGGUAAAUGCUUAAAUAGUUGCCCCGAUGGUUUCUAUGCCGAUAAAAAACGUCAAGAAUGCAUACCGUGUCCGACCGGUUGUGCCACAUGCAGUAGUAAUGGUUUUUGUCUUACGUGCCAAGAGAAUUGGACACGCAACAAAAAAGGAAAAUGUAUUAUCACCGGCAGUGAAAAUUGUGAUGAAUCUGAAUACUAUGACAACAGUCAUUGUCAUCCCUGUCAUAGUACUUGUGAAACUUGUGAUGGGCCCACCGAAUCAAAUUGUCUAAGCUGUCCCCAGAGUCUAUUGUUGCAAAACAGCCGUUGUGUGAGCAGUUGUGAUGACGGCUAUUACAUGGAGGCUGGUGUAUGUGCCAAGUGUCUGCACACUUGUACACAAUGCGUUUCACGUAUGAAUUGUACCGCUUGUGCCAAAGGUCUGCAAUUACAAAGUGGCGAAUGCCGUACCACCUGUGCUGAUGGUUACUACAGCGACCGCGGUACUUGCGCCAAAUGUUACCUCAGUUGUCACACUUGCAGUGGUCCGCGACGUGAUCAAUGUGUUCAAUGUCCCAGUGAUUGGCAGUUGGCUGGCGGCGAAUGUCACCCAGAAUGUCCAGAAGGUUUUUACAAAUCAGAGUUUGGCUGUCAAAAGUGUCAUCAUUACUGUAAAACUUGUAAUGGUGCCGGUCCUUUAGCCUGUACUUCCUGUCCAGCGCAUUUCAUGCUCGACGGUGGUCUGUGCAUGGAAUGCUUAGGAUCUCAGUAUUACGAUUCGCCGACUCAAACUUGUAAGACAUGUCAUGACUCGUGCCGCUCCUGCACUGGUCCCGGCCAAUAUUCAUGUAAAACGUGUGCGUUUCCUUUACAUUUGGAUCGCUUAAAUAAUCAGUGUGUGCCCUGUUGCCCGAACGAUGCAUCGCCCGAGGAUCAAUCCUGUUGCCAUUGUGACAAAGAUACAGGUGGUUGUAUGAAUGCAUCGCCUGCUGGCAAACGACGUAUUGCUGCAGCCGCUGAACAACAACAAUUUGGUAGUUCCUAUGGCAACAGCGGCGGCCUCUACGGUAAUCUGGCAGAUGAUGUCGAUGGUAAAACAUCUGUUGGUGGCAGCUUAGGUAGUUAUUUCUCUCGUGUCGGUUCACCUUUAACUACUAUAACAGCAAUUGCGGUUGCUGCUUGUCUACUUAUUGUUACUGUAUUUGCUCUUAUCUUUGCUAUACUACAGCGCUCUAGUAAUCAACCUCCCCGUAAAAUGAUACGUUACAAUAAAAUACCAACCACAGCUGGCAAAAGACGUAACCGUAUUACGUCUUCUAGUACGUUGCUUAAAAUAGAUGGCGAGAAUUAUGUUGAAGAUGAGGAAGAAGAGGAAGAUGAUGAAAAUGAUGAUAUAGAAGAGGGGCAUAAUUAUGAAAUUGAUUAUGAAUCGAGAUUCAAUAUCGCCUACGAUGAGAAGGAUCAACAUGACUCCGAUAUCGAAUAUUACAAUCGUAAUAAUAAAAAGAAUGAUACGAAUGUAAGAAAAACGAAACUGAAGACACUACGAAAAAGAGAUACGCCAGAACUGCAAACUGUUAUUAGAGUGCCAAAUAAAAAGAUCUUAAAUAGCGCAAUACAUCAAACGGAGAAGAAUACGCAAAAUAGUGAAAAUAAUAGAACGACAUAAAGUUAAAGGUAAAUAUUUAAAGAAAGUUAAGAUCAAGCCGCCUUGAAAACGAACGUUUGUAUAUUUGUGUAAAAAGAAAAUGUACCUAAUUAAAAACACAAAAAAAAAAAAAA